AUGGCUGGCGGGACUUUCCAUUCUAGGUUAUAUCCGGCGUAUACCACCCUUGCGGCUGUGAAAUGGAACAACAGCGACUCCUUGAAUGAUCCACUAUGGAGUACGAAGAACAAUCAACCUGUCAUAAUGAUACCUUCAAAUGACUCCUCAGGCUUUCUAAUCCACCACUGCACAUUCAAAGAUAUCCUGGUCUAUGAAAUAUCUUUAUACCUCGUCUAUGGAGCCCUUCUCGGUAUUUAUCGCGGGACACUACACCCACUAGCCCAGUUUCCAGGCCCCAUGCUUGCAGCAGCGACAUUUUGGUACAAGCCACUAGUGACAAUACUUAUGCAUUUUUACUCAGAAUCCGGAAUGUCCGAAUACAUGAUCGCCAUGGCUCCGACUCAGAAGAUUACGCUUGACCCCCUCGACCACAUAGCUGCUUGGCAUAUUCCACAGAGCGUGAUCUACCUGAGUUUGAAGCAGGGUGUCACAGUACAGGAUGCCUUUGGACGUCUACAAGAAGGUCUGCGUCGAACCUUUGCUCAAAUACCUUGGCUCAAUGGUCGCGUACACUGGCAGAGUGAGGAUACCAGUGGGUGGCGUCCUGGCCAAUUAGAGAUCCGUUUCGAGCCCCCUUCGUUCAAAGAACCACCGCACCAACUGCAAUUCAAUGAGCUAGAAACCGAUUUGGAACUCUCUGAUCUCAGAGAUCUGGGUUUUCCGCUGGACAUGUUUGAAGAAAAUGACUUGUUAUGGACGACGCCAUUCCAGCCCGAUUUCGAGAAAGGGGCUGAUGUCUUGAUGGCCCAGGCCAACUUCUUGCCUGGAGGCUGUGCUCUGGCUCUCUCAGUCGCGAGCCCGGCCUCGGACGGCACCGCUAUGCUCUCUGUGACACAAGUUUGGGCUCACCAUUGCAACUCUUUGAUGGCAAAUGCAGAGACGGGGAUUAGUGUUCAAACCUACGGUGGUUUGGGCUCGGGGUUCGAACGGAUAGCAUUGAGGAAUGCAUGCAAAGAGGACAGGCGAGGCACAGUUUCAAGUCAUUUAGCAGCAGAUAUUUGUCGUCUCGUGGGCCUCGACUCCGAACACGCGUUUGUCGAUAUGACUUCCACCACCCCUGAUGCCUUUCCUGGUGUGCUCAAAGCGAUGAAGCCCAGGUUGUUCUAUAUGUCGCAAGGAGCUUAUACAGCCCUGCGCAAAGACUGCAUUGCUGAACUUGGUCCUACGGAAGUUUCUGGGAACGAUCUCAUCUGUGCGUUGAUCUGGAGAAGUGUUGUCAAAGCUUGGAUGGCAACUCAGGACGCGCAGCACAACGCCAACGAGCUUCACGCAGCAAUGUCAGAGGUCAGCAUCCCCUUCGAUGCGCGGCCGCAGCUCCAGGAUCUACUGCCAAUCAGCUAUCUUGGUAAUGUAAACUUUGAAAACAGACUUGCGCUCUCCUCCAGCCAUAUUGUGGCUAAGGGUACAAGCAUCUCCGAGCUCGCGAAAACGAUACGGACACAUGCGGCAAAUUUUACGGAUUCCGACAGCCUGCUGGAUGCGUACAGGUUACUUGAUUCGGUCUCGGAUUAUACAAGACUGCCGCAACUGCGAGCAGCUCGCAUGAAAUCGCCUUCGGUGGGCAUCCUAGCUCCAACAACGCUUCCGUUCAAUGAGACCUGCUUUGGAGCCCAGACAUUUGGUGCUGGUGGUCGACCGGAAGCUUUUCGGCCACUUAUGGGGGAUUGCAAUAGUGGUUUCCGUACCUGUUUCGUCAUACCUCGAAAGACUUAUGGCGGAAUCGAGUUCGUCAUGACUUUAUCCGAUAAUGAGGUGAAUUUCCUCGACAAGGACGCAGAGUUUACGAAGUAUAGUUUACGCAUGGCUUAA